AUGUCUGAUCAACAAAGUCAUAUCCGCAAAUUGAUUGAAAAGAAAUUCAGCAUAUUUUGUGCCAAAGAAAGUAUUGGAUGUGACUUCAAAUUUUCAAGUGAGAUGGUAUUUAUUACAGAUUGGACAGAUGCAUUGUUGUAUCUGUGUCCUAAACUUCCUAACACAAAGUUGCAGUUGGCUUUCUUGGAUUUCUGUUUACGGACAGCUCCAUUGUUGGAUGAAAAAGCCAUGGGCCAAAUUAUCGAAUACCUUUUAAGAGUUUUUAAAGACACGACGAAGGACAGUUGUGUUGAAGGCAGACAUUACGAUUCAGUUUUAAGUAGCUGUGCGAAACUUAUGGUUUAUUGUUUAACGCAUUCACAUGCGCCAUCUAAUUCAUAUAUACUUUUCAUGGAAGCCAUUGACCAGAUUAAAUCAAUAAUCAGUGGUUCCAGUAAUGUUGAAUGCCUUAUAGGUUAUGCAAUCUUAUUCAUAAAUAUUGUUAAGUUGGAAAGACAAAACUACUUGACUGAAAUAUUGAAUGUACUUAACCAAUCUGAAAAUUCAUCUUCGUCAGAUAUCACAGGAAAUCUGUUUUUUUUAUUCCAAUUAUUUCAUUCUAAUAAACCGCAAGGCCAAUUAGCAAUUUUACUAGCACUGGUUGGGAUCAUAUCUACAACUGAUUGGUUUUGUAAUUACAAGAAUUAUGGAAGCAUAAGUUUGUAUAUUCUAUCUAUGGCUGGGUUUUCUGUUGAUCCAAAUGAUCAUUUGCUAAGGAAGUUUGAUCGAAAUGAUUCAGUUACCAAUUUACUUCAUUCGAAAAUAGUUUACAGUUGGUCUAAAAAGAAUUUAUUGAAUCCAUGUGAGAAUAGUCUAGAAAAAAAUAUCAAACAAUUUGAUGUGUUCACGAAUCCAGUGCUUACAUAUUGUAUAGACAUGAGAGGCAAUUACAUAGACGCUAUUCGAUAUUCUGCUUCAGAUACAAUUGAAAAUAUCAUAUUUUAUCAUUUGAAGUAUUGUGACGAAUGUCGCCAACCAAGAAUAUCUGAUAACAAGUCAAAAAUAUCUUGUGGUUAUUUGAAUGAAAUUUUAAAUCAAUUAGUGAGUGAUUCAUGUUACAGUCGCGGAACAAUUGCUAUGUUAACUCGAUUCAUUCGUUGUUUGUCUAAGAAACGUGUUUAUAGGACAAUUAAUUUAUUGCACUCUUUGGAUUCGGUUUUUCAACCACUCGUUAAUGACGCAAAUUUAGAAAUUUGUGGAAGAGUUGUUUCAGGAUUGAUGAGGAUUGCCGAUGAUCCUAGCUUGGCGUCAGAAAUAUCGGAAUUCUACACAUUAAUUACUCAAAACUUGUACAUUGAGAAUGACCCAUUAAUUAAUGUAUGGUUAUCUGGUUUAGUCGAUACUUUUAUUCGUAACUCUAACGAAACAUUUCAUUCUACAGUUAUUCAGAAUAUUCUACCUAGUUUAGUGAAAACCAAUCCUAAAUUGUUGGAAUUACUCGUAAAACGUUGCAACAAUGACUCAGCAGUUAAAAUGGAUACUGAUUUACCUACGUUUCUACUAACUUGUUAUCAUCUUUUAUCAUUGAAUGGAAUGAAACUUGACUACUGUGAAUACUUGUCGUUAAAUUUCUUAAAAGCAUGUCUUGGCUUAUAUGAUAAUCAGUUACGUCUUUUAGCUUUAAACGUUUUAGUAAGUUUAAUUACAAAGUCCGAACAAAAAAUGAUCUUAUCAAACGAAAAGUCGGAAAUGUUUCUUAAUUAUCUCAGGCAUGAUUUGUGGCCAGAUUCAAAGCGUAUACAUGGCCAAAUUGUCAGUGCAAUUAAAGAUAUUUUGUUGCAUACACUUUUACUUAUGAAACGUGAAACAAACACUACCAAAUUAGAUGAUGUUAAAUCGUUUCAUGUUAAACUGGUUCAUAUCUUAAUGACAUGUGUUUAUCCUGGAUCACCAGCAUCUCGUUUAUCAUUAGGCUUAGCUGGGUUAUACACAGUUGUUGAAUGCUUUUAUUCUGUGUUUCAUACCGAUGGUUAUUCAGAGUUCACGGCACAAAUUAUGGGUUGUUUAAUUGAAGCAGCUGAAAAAUUACAUAGAAUAUCUUCAUUUAACGAUGAAAAUUUUAAACUAAUCGGUUGUUCAACGUCUGAGUUGCUUCCUCUUCUUUUCACUGGUUUAUGCAGUCGAUAUGAUGUUGACCGAGAUUAUGUUUUGAAAAUACUACUGAGAUUGGGUAUUUUAAAACAACUUAAUCCUAAUUAUAUCAAUAAAUUAUGGACUGAUGCACUAGAAAUCUAUGCUCAAAGUUCCAAACCGGAUGUCAGUCCUAUUGCUGGUGAUAUAUUACGUUUUCUUAUAUAUGGUAAUGAGAAUGUCGAUGAAUCGAACCAGUUGCCUUCAUCUUCAUCGUCUGUAGAUGAGAAAGCUAUACAAGCAAUUGAUUUCCUUCUCAAUCAACUUCAAGAACAAAUUGCAAUUUGUGAAAAAUUACCAGUAAUUGGUUUAAUGUCUGUGGUAACUAAUAAACCAUUUUAUGCUAUACUUAGUACUAUCCAUUCUGUUAUUGGUGUCACCUCAUUAUCAUCACCAUUGAGUAAGAAAAAUAAACCUACCGAUACUCAAACUUGGAGUAGUGCAUCAAUUAAGGCAGAAUCCUUGUUCAAACAAAUCAAUGGAGUAAAUGUUAUCGAGCGUAUAAUUUCACUAGGUCUUCGUAUAUCUGAAAUCGUGCUGCCAGUUGUUGGACAUGAAUCACCUGAAGGUGUCUUGUUAACUUCACAAGAAGACGUAAUCAAUGAUAUCAAAACUGCAGAUGAAGAAGCUUAUCAAUUGAAUAAAUUUUAUGAAAAAACACGAAAUCAUCCAGAAUAUUUAAUUUUAUGUUGUUGGCGUUCUGUUCGUGAAUUAUCUUUACUUAUGGGUAUAUCACUUGUCUCAUACGGUUUGAAUAAAUCCGAUAGUAAUCAAAUGAAACCAAAAGAGAUUUUUUCUAUUGCUCGAUUUUUCUGUACUCAGUUACUUUGUUGCCGCCAUCGUGGAGCAUUUGAAUUAUGUGCAACUGGAUUUACAAACUUUUGUACUGCACUUGUAAAUCAUUCAGUUUAUUUUACAAUUCCUAUCCAUUGGCUUAAUGCAAUCACCGAUCAAACUUUGUCAUUAAAUGAAAAGUCUACAAACGAUUGUUCGACUGUAAUAGAAAAUAUUGAUUUUUCACUGGAAUCAUGUAUGGGGAAACAUAAUACAAUGGAAUGUAUCACUCGCCGUGGUGCCGGUUACCCUUUAUUUGUUCAGGCUAUUUUAUGUGCAGAUAUAACUCGUAACACCAAUGUACCAACAACAACACUUACAAAUACAGUCUGUUGGUUACUCAAAUCAGUUAAAACGUCUCUUUGUAACAGUGAUCUUCAACAGUCUAACAACCUUAGUAAAUGUGUACUACACCUAAAUAUUAUUCGUGGUAUAUUUCAAUCAAAAAAUUUAAAUUGUCAUACAGAUAAAUAUUUACAAAAAGCAUUAAUUGUUGCUUUGGAUGGUGUUGGAUGUAGAGAUUUAUCGAUACGGAAUGCUUCCAUACUUUUUUAUAGCACAAUAGUUCAACGUAUUUUUGGUGUAAAUCGAUCCAAAGCAGUUAAAAGUCGAAAAAAUUGCUUAGCAACAUCAACAUUUUUCAAACGUUAUCCGAAAUUUGAACAUUACUUGGUUGAAGCACUUACAUGGUACUCAACGAAUACAAAAUUUCACAGCAUUCCACAUUCAAGUUCUUUCAAAUUGUACAGUAUACUUCAUUUGAUGACACACCUACUACCAUCCACACAAGUUGCCGUGAUUGAUAAAACGUUAUACAGGCUACUUAUUUGGUGUGGUUUUAAUGAUGACAUACGUAUACGUAAAAUUUCUUCAUUAGCUUUAACCUCAAUUAUACAUCCAAGUGUUAUCAUGACUACAAUAAACCAUUUAUUCGAUUUAAUGGAACUAGUUCAUGAAUCAAUACUAGUUAAAAGAUGGUGCAAUAUUCGAUUGAAUAUACUACAUGGUCUACUUUUACAGAUAUAUGCAUUAAUAUAUUGUAAUAUGGAUGUUCAUGAUAGUACACCAUCAGUUUACACCGUUCCAACUAUAUCGUAUCUCUCAAAAUUGAAUUAUUUAACAGUUAUAAAUCGUUUAAAGUUAUCAUUCUCUUGGUUAAAUGAUUCAGCAUAUAUUACAUGUACAAUUAUAAAACAAUUAUAUAUGAAAAUCUUAAAUUGUCAUUAUGAUCAACCUAUACAGAUUGAAACAAAUGUAAUUAGUCUUGAAUAUGAAUAUUUAAUCACACAUAUUAAUAUUUUGAUUGAUUGUGCAUUGAACGAUUCAGAAAAUCUUACUCUUUCUACCACUAAUAAUAAAUUUUAUUUAGAUUUAAUGAAAUGGACUAAAUCUAUGAAUUCAAUGGAUCUUCUUACAGUUGCACUUCGUCGAAUUUAUUCACAUUUACACUCAACAAUUGCUCAUUCCACAAUGGAUUACGACAAUCCCGAUAUAGAAGAUAUUAAUGAAAUUAUUAAUGCCAGUAAACACCUGAAUUCGUCAAUAUUCAAUAAAUUAAACACAUUAUUUUCCUUUCAAACUUUAUUUCAAAAUUUUAUUUAUCAAUAUUUUCGGUUACAUGAAAAUAUUCCACUUAAUAAUAAUCAUAAAGAUGACGAAGUGUAUCGAUAUGCAUUUGCCUUAUUAACUAUACAAUUGCAACAACAGGGAAGCGAUCAUGAUUCCAUGAAUAUCUCGAACGAAUUGAUUCUGUCAGCUUUUCAGUGGAGUUGUAAACAAAUAAAAUUUCUAUUCCAAAAAAUGAAAUGUUUAAAUUCACCACCAAUCUACUUGGCAGCGUUUAUACGUUUUCAUACUGAAUUGAUCACAGUUUUAUAUAAUGAUAAUAGUGGUAUUAAGCUUGGAUCACAUGUUUGUAUGUUAUGUACUUUGGGCAAUGUUUGCUUCGAUGUAUUGCAACACUCACAUGUUUGUUUAGAAGUAAAAUGUGCUGUUUUACAGUCGUUUCGUUUAUCAAAUAUUUUUAUUGUCAGAGGGUUAUCCUACUUGGGGGAUGACACAAGGCAAGUUUUUCUUCAAACAUUCGAUAUUCUAAUCGCGAACAUUACUAAUUUGGAUAGUUCUAAACUACGAAAAUUGUCAUGUCAAAUCGUUCAGAAUAUCUUGAUGCUCAAUGAUUCAAAAUUUCAACGUGUCACACAAUCACCUUAUAUUCUAUUAGACGCUUUAAUAAAACUCCUUUUAUUACAUGGUGAUAUGAUUUUUUAUGAACAUUUGCUUCAAUUUCUUCGCAAAAAAAUUCGUCAUUUUAAAGAACUCAAAUCUCAGUUGGAUAACGUAAUUAGUGAAAAUGCAUUCUCACAGACAACAUUGAAAUUUGAAAACGAUCAACUGGAGUUAAUCAGAAUUAUAUCUGAUAAUAUUACAAUUUGGAUGCAAUCGCGUUUUCAUGCAUUGUACGAGAUGCAACAUAAAGGUGAUAUGAUAGAAUAUUGGCGAAAUGAUGUUGAUCAGUCAUUGUGUCGUAUAAUCGAUUUCAAUGAGGUGGUCCCAUUUUCAAUUUUCAAAUCGGAUUAUGUAUCACUUCUAUAUUUGUAUCGUUUCACGGAUCUUCGCGUAGUAUAUUUAUUGUAA